AUGAGCCACUCGUUCUUUGAAAUACUAACGGGGAGCAAUUUGUAUGCACCAUUUACUGCUGGCUAUAUGCAGAUCUCGGAGGUGCUCCUGCGAGAUGGUGUGAAGGAAAUGUGGCAAUCCGGCUGUCCAACUACAAUUGGGUCUACAACCAUCGCUCAGGGAGAGAGAAAUUUCAGCUGUCCAGUGACUCUCCAGUGUGGCCAGUCAUCGCAGCCACAUCCACACCACUCUUCCUUCUUUGACUAUGAGGCUGAAGGACUAUCCAAUAGGGGAAUGCAUCAUGAGGUCAACACAGGCGAGCGAUCAUUUCAGUGCCACUUGUGCCCUAAAAGCUUCCCACUGAAUUGUAGGCUCAAGAAACACCUGCGCACCCACACAGGCGAGCGGCCGCAUCAGUGCCCUUCGUGCGAUAAAAGGUUCCCGACAGUGUCCCAUCUCACAGUACACCAACGUGUCCAUACGGGCGAGCAACUGUCCAGGUGUCAAUUGUGCCCUCAAAGCUUUCUAUGGAACUCCGAUCUCAAGAUACACAUGCGCACCCACACAGGCGAGCGGCCGUAUCAGUGCCCUUCGUGUGACAAGAGCUUUGCAAGGAAGCCCCAUCUUAUGGAACACCAGCGGAUCCACACAGGCGAGCGACCAUUUAAGUGUAAUUUGUGCCCUCAAACCUUCUCGCACCGUACCCUUCUAAAAGGUCACUUGAGCGUUCACACUGGUGAACGUCCAUUUCAGUGCUCCUUCUGCUCACAAAGCUUCCUGUACAAAUCCCACCUAUCGGAGCACGAACGCCUCCACACAGGGGAGCGACCAUACAGAUGCACGGUCUGCUCCAGGUCUUUUGUGCGGAACACUCACUUGAAAAGUCACAUGAAGUCACUACACUGAGUAGGUCACCAGCCACACACACUUAGACCUCAUUAUAAUGAAGUCGCAUCUGACAUAAAAAUAACUUCUUCAUAUCCGGAAAUUCGUAAUAAGCAUAUAUUCGUGCCGCUGUAUCUGUGACAAGACUGUUCUUCAUUUACUUUUUUACAGCCAAUAGUUUGUUAUAUUUGUGUUCAUUCCCGGCCACGGCGGCCG